AAUGCAACUUUAAUAAAAACCUUUUUUUGAAUAAAUACUUUCAGAUUUGUUGGUGAUCAUAAUUCAGAUGAGUGAUAAUAAGGACCCAUUAUUGUUAGAACAACAGGGUAAAAUUCGUGAGAUUGGAUCCCAAGCGGUGUGGUCUUUAUCAUCAUGCAAACCAGGAUUUGGUGUAGAUCAGUUAAGAGAUGGUUCAUUGGAGACAUAUUGGCAAUCAGAUGGUACCCAGCCGCAUCUAGUCAACAUUCAGUUUCGCCGGAAAACAACAUUGAACAGAUUGUGUAUUUACGCCGACUACAAAGCAGAUGAGAGUUACACACCGAAUAAAAUAUCAGUCAGAAUUGGAAACCAUUUUCAUGAUUUACAAGAGAUUGAAGUUUUGGAAUUGACAGAGCCCAGUGGUUGGGUAAUAGUACCCUUACAAGAUAGGAGUGGAAAACCUUUGCGUACAUUCAUGAUUCAGAUUGCAGUAUUGUCAAACCACCAGAACGGACGCGACACACAUAUGAGACAAAUUAAAGUUUAUUCCCCUGUGCAGGAAAACUCUAUUGGUAAAUUACCGACUUUUUCAAAUGUGGAGCUGGCUAUGUACAGUACAGUUAGAUAAUGUGAGGUUACUGUAAAACCAUUUAUUUUUUCUGACAUUUAAUUUCACUAUUUUGAUGUAUUGAGCAUAUUCACUGUGUUUUAAUAUCACAAAUUUUUCAAAGAAGCAAUGAGUUUUAUUGUUAUUUUACAUGUUCAUAUUGAUUGAAUUCAGCGGAUUUACUUACCGAUAUCAGCAAAAUUAAAACCCAGUGAAUAAUUAAUGCAUUUACAGUACUGCAUAUGUGUGACCAGUAGUAAUUUUUUCUUAACCAUACAACUAUUCUUCCCUGAGCAGGUAUUCUCCAGGGAAUGUGUCCUUUGCUUGUAAAAUUUUCCAGUCAAUUGUCAAGAUGUGAUUUUUCAUUAUGUCUUUGUGAUAUCAAUUUUAAUCAAAUUCAUAAUUUAAAGAAUAUGUCAUUUUCAAUAUUGAUUUGUGACACAGAAUUUUGAUGAAAACAUGAUUGAUUAUGAACUUGAAAAUACUUUUCAUGUAGCACACAGCUAAUUGUUCACUAAUGCACAUAUGCACAGAUUGUUUUGAUAUGUGCAGCAAAAAUCAAUACAUACGAGAAUAUCCUCUCUGCUCAG